AUGAUUCUGCGUUUUGCUUUUCUUGUUUUUGCGGUUUUUGGCUAUUGGCGCUCUCAUAAACACGGUGACUCAACUGAUCGAGAUCAUUUCCACUCCCUUCUUCAGCGAACGCGAGAAUGGUACACUUUCCGAAUGCUGGUAAACGACCUGAUCGACGAGGACGAAUGGGGAAUCAUCAACAAUAAUCUUUUGAUGCGAAAAUAA